UUUCUUUUUUUAACAAAAACACUUUCGAACCGUUCCGUACAUUACCAAAGAUUACGUAGUUGUUUGUGUGUAUAUUAUUAAGUAUUAUUAGGUACCUAUACAAAACAUCUAUUAUAACUAUAUAUAGUUAUCCAAUUAAAAUCGUGUUUGUUGAACUUGAUAAAAUUAUAUUUAAAGCGGAAAUCCCUCAUCAUAUCUUAUUGCAAUAACUGUUGCUGUGCUACCAUGAUAAAGUGCGCUCCAUUGCUUAUUAUUUUGUUUGGGCUUGUGAGUGCACAAGGGCCCAUAGUGGAAACGUUAAAUGGAAAAAUAUUGGGUAAAAUUCGUACUACCAGAGCUAACGUUACAUAUUAUUCGUACACUGAAGUGCCCUUUGCCAAGCCACCAAUUGGAAAAUUAAGAUUCCAACCCCCAGAACCUGUACAAAACUGGGAAGGAAUUCUGGACUGUACAAAAAGCACGAAAAUUUGUUACCAAGUUUGGAACGAUGUUAAAGAGGAAACAGAGGACUGUCUACUUUUAAAUAUAUUUACACCGAUAGCUCCAAGACAAAAUGCUUCAUUACCGGUUAUUUUUCAUAUGUUUGCGGGGGGGUUUGUCUUUGGUUUGUCCACAUUUGAUUCAAACGGGCCUCAUUACUUCAUGGAAUAUGAUGUUGUUAUUGUAACUGUUAAUUACAGAAUAGGACCGUUUGGAUUUCUGUCAACGGGAGACACAAUUGUACCGGGAAAUAUGGGUCUAAAAGAUCAAAACAUGGCUCUCAGAUGGUUGCAGAAAAAUAUUCAGUUUUUUGGAGGGGACCCUAAUAAAGUGACGAUAUUUGGAAUGAGCGCUGGGUCCGCUUCUGUUACAUACCAUGUUAUUAGUAAACAAUCCAAAGGAUUGUUUAGAGCAGCAAUGGGUGAAAGUGGUUCCGCUCUAUGCCCAUGGACUUAUCAAAGAUAUGCUAAAAAAGUAGCCCAUCAACUCGCGAAGCUUGUUGAUCCCAAUUUCAAUUCUUCCUGUAGUAAACAGUUGUUAACUUUAUUACAAAAUGUUUCUGCAAGAGAUAUAGAUAAAGUAUCAAAUCGUGUUAAUCCUGGUUACACUAUGGAAUUAAUUUUUGGUUUUAAGUACGCCCCUGUCAUUGAACCCGAACAUGAUGGCGCAUUCAUAACGAAAAAUAUUUACGUUUCUAUAGAAAAGGGGGAGUUUACUAGGGUUCCUAUGAUGUUGGGUAUAGCUUCUGAAGAGGGACUUUUGCAAGUAGGCGAUAAUCGGACCGAAUUUAGGGAAAAAAUGGCAUCAUUUGACAACAAUUUAACAGAAAUAGUCCCCUUCGAUUUACACAUUACAGACCCAACAUUAAAAGAAACUGUUGGUAGGGAAAUACGAAACAUUUACACAGACGGAAUGUUCCAAAAUUCAGAUGCUGCAUCCACCAAACAUUUAAGUGACACUUGUUUUUCAAGAGCUAUUAUUAAACAUGUCGAAUUGCAUUCCAAAUAUGCUGACGCCUUUUUGUAUCAAUUCUCCUAUGAUGGCACAAUUACAAAACCCAUAAUGCCCUAUUAUGUUAAAGGUGCUGAAAGAGUAGCUCAUACUGAAUACUCCACAUAUAUUUGGGCUUACAAUGACAAUGACGACAUAACAAGUUUUCCCGAAAGCGAUAUUUUGACAUCAAAAAGAUAUUUAACACUUCUAACCAACUUUGCCAAAACCAUGAACCCUACUCCAAAGGAAGACGAUAUGCUUCAAAACAUUUCUUGGCCCAAAGUGGAAAUAAAGAAUUAUCAAUAUUUGGAUAUAGACACUGAUUUGUCCGUUAAGAAAAAUCCCAAAGAAGAAUCUUACACCAAAUGGGUAGAUUUAUAUGAGAGACGUGGAGUUAAACCUUAUGACACCUAUUGAAUAAAUCUUAUAAAUUAUGCAUUAUUUUCCUUAUAAAUAAAAAAAUUCGUAAGCAAG